AUGCCGUCCUUUAAGCGUCGGCGGAUUGGCUCUGCUAGAGGUUCUAAUCAUCACCAUUCUACCAGAGGACAAUCAUCAAGGUUUCGGGCAAGCUCUUCAGGAACGAGCUCUGUUUCCCAAGAUGAGGAUCGUUCGUCUUCAAUGCAACCCCCUCCUGUUCCAUUCAAAAAAAGAAUAUCAAUGAAAUCAGCAUCAUCACAUGUGGCUGCACCACCAUCAGUGCAAAAUGAGGAUAACCCUGAGAGUGGAGAGAAUGAGUCAGAUAUUCAAGAACGGGAAAAUGAGGACUCCAUGGACGAAAUUAUCAUGGCAGUCGAAUUGAAAGAACGUGGCACCAUUGGAUGUGCAUAUUACAUCGCAAGAGAAGAGAGAUUGUGUAUGAUGACCGACAUCAGCAUGGCUGGACUUGACAUGAUUGAUACUCUAAAAAUUCAUGUAGAGCCUACUAUAAUUUUGAUAAGCAAUCGGUGCGAAGAGGCACUAGAAGAGUAUCUCCAGAAAGAUGCCAAGGUUAUUGACAGAGGGGAUGGGAGUGAAAUAUUUGGCUCAUACACCCUCGAUUCUCGACCAGCCGCGGAGUUCUAUUAUGAGGCAGCGAAGAAUAGGUUGGCAAGCCUGGAUAUUGGAGCCGCGGGAGAUGCGGGCAUGAUGUUUGUCACUCCUGGUGACGAUUUUGCUGGAGAUCGCAACCAUAUCCAGGCAGACUUAGGUGGCGCGGGUCGCCAAGGGGCAUUGAUGAGACUCGCAGGCUGGGUCGACUUGGAGAGCAGAAACUCGGUUAGCUGUGCCGGUGCAGUACUUAACUACCUUAGAAGACGACGAAGUAUAGAUUACUUACCUAAUGACGAGGCUGCAUUGAUUGCAUUCAGGAUCCGCAAGAUUGAGAUGUUUUCAUUGACGGAUAUGAUGUUCAUAAACGCAGAUACAUUAUCAUCGCUUCAAAUUAUCCAGUCUGAGUCUCAUCCGAACUCGCAUAUGCAGGGUCCAAAUAAGUCAACUUCGGGAUCAAAAGAGAGCUUAUCCGUCUUUGGUCUAUUCUAUCAUUUGGCUAGCACGCCACAGGGAAAGCAAAUGCUUCGGAAGAUGUUUUUGAGACCAAGUAUAGAUGUGUCGGUAAUUGAGGAAAGACUCUGGACAGUAGGUACUUUUCUAAUUCCCGAGAAUCGACCACUAUUACAGGAAAUCCAGAAGAGUCUCAGGAGUAUUAAAGAUAUCAGAACUGUGGUAAUACAUCUUCAGAAAGGUGUAAGUGGAGGCUCCGGUAAAGCAAUGGCGGUCAAAAGUGGAAUCUGGGGUAGCAUUCGUUCAUUCUCCUUCCAUUCGCUCAAAAUACUUGAAGCGUUGCGAAAUUUGGCAGGCGAUAAGACAGUGAUCGCUAGCAAGCUCCUCAACGAAAGUCGGCCCAAUGACCUUCUUGGCAUUGGCCAAAUCAUUACAGAGACGAUAGACUUUGAGAGAUCGGCCGAGCAACAUCGUAUCACCGUUAGACAGGGCGUAGACCCUGAGCUGGAUGAAAUGAAACGAACGUACGAUGGCAUAGAGAGUUUUCUUGCGGAAGUCAAGAGAAAAAUUACUGAUGACAUACCUGAAUGGGCCCGCCAAUAUGUUGAAAAUUGCAUAUACUUUCCGCAGCUUGGUUUUUUGACGGUCGUACAGCUCGACCCCGAUACAGGCGAAGGAAAAUACAAAGGCGAGGGGACGGAAGAUGAUGAAUGGACGCUGAUUUUUGUUAGCGAUGAGAAAAUCUAUUACAAGAACAGCCGUAUGAGGGACAUGGAUGAGUGCAUUGGUGAUAUGUAUAGUACGAUUGCAGGCAGGGAGAUCGAAAUCAUACAUGAACUUACUGUACGUGUACUGGAACAAGAAAAACUUCUCAUUACCGUGUCAGAUCGAUGUGGUGAACUUGAUAGCCUUGUUGCACUUGCUCUUGGGGCUAUCAAAUAUCGUUUCAACCCUCCAACUAUUACGCAAGCCAACGUAAUCGAUAUUAAAGGCGGACGACAUCCACUUCAAGAGCUUACAGUCCCAUCCUACGUCGCAAAUGACUGUUAUCUUGCAGGUGGUUCAGGAAAUGGGAUUGGCCUUGACCAACAGUUUCCUUCAGAUACCAUCCAGGAGUCGAAAAAUAUCGAAGGUCCGAGUAUGCUUCUUAUGACGGGCCCAAACUAUUCCGGAAAGAGCGUCUAUCUCAAGCAAACCGCCCUGAUUGUUUACUUGGCCCACAUUGGCAGCUAUGUCCCUGCUGAUAGCGCAGUUGUAGGUCUUACGGAUAAGAUCUUAACGCGGAUCACCACUCGCGAAAGUGUUUCCCGAAACCAGAGCGCAUUCAUGAUUGAUCUGCAACAGGUAGCCCUCUGUACAACCCUUGCAACUCACCGUAGCCUUGUGGUUAUCGAUGAGUUUGGUAAAGGCACUAAUUCAACAGAUGGAGCAAGCCUUGCUUGCGGCGUAUUCGAAUAUUUCCUUGGGCUCGAUUCUCAUCGCCCAAAAGUACUCGGAGCAACCCAUUUCCAUGAAAUUUUUGAGAAUGGAUUCUUGCCCCCAAGACCUGAGUUGGCCUUUGGACAUAUGGAGGUUCAUGUCAAUAAAGAAGCUGACCUAGCAGAUGACCAAGUCACAUACUUGUACAAUUUUGUGUUGGGUAGAAGCACUUCAAGCUUUGGUACCUCUUGUGCUGCCAUAAAUGGAAUCGAUUCUGCUAUCGUCGAAAGAGCCGAAGAUUUAAUAUUACUAGCGGCUCGAGGAGAGGAUCUAACGGAAGCUCUUGCCGCAAAUAUAUCGAACAAGGAUGCCCAAGACCUAGAGGAUGCAGAAAUUAUUGGGAGACGCUUUUUGGAACAAAACUUUCCUAUGCCAGGAGGGAGUACUACCUCCAUCGACGUCCGAAGUAUCCUUCGAAACAUCUUAGAUGUCGAAAGUGAGAUUGAGAUGUGA